UGUAUUUUAAUAUUAGUUGCCUAUAUGAAUAUGGAAGCUGUUGAAUGAAAUUAAAAAAAAAAAUUAAUAUUUUGACAUUCGCAUUUAACGUUUAUUAAAAUGAUAUAUGCUAUUAAAGAAUAAUAUUAUAAACCUACUCACAAUCCAUUUAUCAUGUCAACGACUAAAGGAGAUAACGACAAAGAUGACAAUUUCAAGAGACAAGGUUCAUUUAGAAAACUUUUACCAACGAAUGUCAAUGGGGACUCUCAAUUAAACAUGUCAGUUAAAAUGAUUGAUAGGCCAAAUAUCACUCUAACCAAUAAAAAUUAUGCAGUUUUUUUACAGGAGUAUAACAUUCUUUCCGAAUAUAACAUAUUGCGUACUCAAGAUUUGAAAGGAGUUUAUGUUAUACCAUCAGCACAGAAUUCUCUUGUGUGGUUUGGAGUUCAAUUUAUUCGACAAGGGAUUUAUCAAGGUGGAGUUUUUAGAUUUACACUCACGUUGCCUGAAAAUUUUCCGGACGGUGGAUGUCCUAAAGUUGUCUUUCAAACCCAUGUCUUCCAUCCGCUUAUAAAUCCAGAAACAGGAGAAUUAUGCACAACUUGGGGAUUUAUUGAAUGGAAAAGAAAUAAUAGGGUAUGGCAAUUGCUACAGUAUGUAACAAAAAUACUUACUAAAAUAGAUACAAGAAUGACGCCUCUAAAUCAAGAAGCAUCCAUUUUAUUGCAAAACAAUUUUGAUCAAUUUGGGGAACGAGCCAAAGAAUGUGUGAGAGAAAGUUUAAAUGAAGUUUAUAAUCCGCCAGCAUUCGAAGAUCCACAUUAUAUUACAUUCAGUCCGUACAUACCAGAAUUGCAUGAUCCUGUAAAACAACAAAUAUAUGAAUUAAAGGAAGUAGAAGGAAAUCGAGCAUUGGGACUUUCUUGGGUUCAACCUGGUUCUCUUCAACCAUUUUCAAAGCCAGAAUCAAGAUAAUGAGUUUUACCUUAUUUAUCAUAGCAACGACGGAUAUCUUUACAAAUUUAAUUGCACAAGUGCAAAGCCUGCUCUCUCUCUUUCUCUCUCUAUCUUAAUGACUUAUAUGAUGAACAAACUGUUACUUCAAAUUAUAUUUUUCUAUAAAUAGAAUCGAGAUACAUAUAUAUGAAAUCUA